AUGGCUUCCCUUCCUCAGCACUCCCAUCGCAACAUGGCGGUGCCGGCGGCCCUCCUGCUCGUGCUGCUCCUGCGUUUCUCCCCGAGCUGCGUCUCGUUCGCGGCUCCCGCGGCCGCCCCGGCCGUGGUCCCCACCCCCGCGCCCACGCCCCUGCAAUGCCCACCUGGGCAAGAUUCCUAUAACUUUAACGGCACCCAGUGCUGCACGUAUCGGCAGACGUGCCGCACUGGCCCCAUAGGCAGCCGCGAGGCCUCAGACUUCACAGCAGUCUGCUGCCCCGAUAGCACGGUCUGCGUCCUGGACGCUUCCCCUUUCGCGGCCUGCGUGACCCCCCCCCCGGAGCAGUGCACUGCCUGCUUGCCCUUCAACUCCUCAGACCCUUUUGGGAAUGCAGCCUGCAAUUUCGCGAAUUUCGAGGGAGAGGGGCGCUUCUGCUGCGGUGAUCAGCAGUGCGGGGGGGGGAGCCCGACGGACCCCGCUUUCUGCUGUGACCAGGGCGACGAGACGCAGUGCACCUAUCCCAUUCAAGGGAUAGCGAGUCCUACUGCAGGGCAGAGGUGCUGCAAGCCGGGGAGAGUCAUAUGCAACGACCGGUGCUGUGCUGCAGCAAACUGUGUGCCAGUGGCCGGCGCGGGCACCUUGGGUCCCUACACGUGCAAUGAGCAAGUCCCCACAAAUGCGCCCCCUCCUCCGGUCCCCACCGCAACAGGCCCUUUCCCUACCUUUGCAACGAAGGCAGGAGCAGCGUGCGACCCGUCCUCGUCGCUCCCUUUCACCUGCUACAACGACGUCGGUUCGUCCUUCGCCUGCUGCCCCGACCCGAAGUGCCCUUUCCCGGGCCCAGUUGCCAAGUGCGCCGGAGACACCUCGCCAACUGUCACCGGUACCCCCGCGCCGACUGCCACCACGGCAGCGCCAGCUGUCACCACGGCAGCGCCGGCUGUCACGACCGCAGCACCAGCUGUUACGACCGCAGCGCCAGCUGUCACGACUGCAGCACCGGUUACCACUGGCGCCCCGGCUCCGUCCGUCACUUAUGCCACCGGCUCUGGCAGCGCGUGCGACCCAAACUCGGCGCUUCGCUUCACGUGCUUCAACAACAACGGCUCUUCCUUCGCUUGCUGCCCGGAUCCCCAGUGCCCCGCCCCAGGCCCGGUGGCUAGAUGCGCGGGAGACCCCACCGCGGCCCCUACGCCAGCUGCCACCACCGGAGCGCCAGCUGUCACCACCGCAGCGCCAGCUGUCACCACAGCGGCGCCAGCUGUCACCACGGCAGCGCCUGUCGUUACAGGUGCUCCAGCGCCGGCGGCCACCUACGCCACCGGCGCUGGCUACGCGUAA